UAAAUACGUCAAUACGUCGCAAAUGUCAAAAGGCUUUCUGCUAUCUGAAUGUUGAGAUAAGUUUUUUCCAUAUUUUAAUUAACGUAUCAUAUUUUUAAUUGUGUUGUGUUCGUCCUUUCAAACGGUGAACAUUAAAGAAAAGAAAAAUGCCUCGUUUUCACAAGGUAGAGAUUAACAAAACCGAAUGGAAUGUGCCGGAAAGAUAUCAGAUGCUCACACCAGUGGGCUCCGGUGCUUACGGUCAAGUUUGUUCGGCCAUAGACACUUUGCAUAAUAUGAAAGUGGCCAUUAAGAAAUUAGCAAGACCAUUUCAAUCUGCUGUACAUGCUAAGAGAACGUACCGCGAACUUCGGAUGCUUAAACACAUGAACCAUGAAAAUGUAAUCGGGUUAUUGGAUGUGUUUAGUCCAGAGAAGACAUUAGAAGAUUUUCAACAAGUCUAUUUAGUGACCCACUUGAUGGGUGCCGAUUUGAACAAUAUUGUACGCACUCAGAGACUUUCCGAUGAUCAUGUCCAGUUCUUGGUUUAUCAGAUUUUACGUGGGCUUAAAUACAUACAUUCUGCUGGAAUUAUUCACAGGGAUCUAAAACCUUCUAACAUAGCUGUCAAUGAAGAUUGUGAGUUGAAAAUAUUAGAUUUUGGCUUAGCCAGACCAACCGAAACAGAAAUGACUGGUUAUGUUGCAACAAGAUGGUAUAGAGCUCCAGAGAUCAUGCUCAAUUGGAUGCAUUACAACCAGACUGUAGACAUCUGGUCAGUGGGUUGUAUCAUGGCAGAGUUACUGACAGGCAGGACCCUGUUCCCUGGUACAGACCAUAUUCAUCAGUUGAACUUGAUCAUGGAGGUACUUGGGACGCCCAGUCACGAGUUCAUGCAGAAAAUUUCCUCUGAGUCUGCGCGGAAUUACAUACAGUCAUUGCCGACGCUAAGGAGGCGCGACUUCCGCGAGGUGUUCCGCGGCGCCAACCCGCUCGCCGUCAACCUGCUCGAGCUCAUGCUGGAGCUGGAUGCUGACAAACGCAUCACGGCGGAACAAGCGCUCGCGCACGAGUACUUGGCGCAGUACGCGGACCCUACCGACGAGCCGGUGUCGGCGCCCUACGACCAGAGCUUCGAGGACAUGGAGCUACCAGUCGACAAAUGGAAAGAGUUGGUGUGGAAUGAAGUGGUAGAGUUCAAGCCUCACCCGCAGCAUAUGAACACAGUCGUCGAGGUGAACCCUUCCUAAUUAACACAAUUUAACAAGUAUUACAAACCCGGCACAUAGUAUCCAUACGUAUGAAAGGCCAGUGUCUUAAUAAAUAUAAUUAAUACUUUGUUUAAACUAUUUUACUGUACGUACAUGUUCUUGUCCUAAAGUGUAUCUGCAGGCAGGUUUAUUUUUAUGAAAUAUUGAGAAUAUAUUUUUUUUUGGGUAGUUUCGGACCCACUGUUGACUCAAUCAACACAACAAAUAUCUUGAUGUUACUGCUUAUACUACACCGCAUACUAAAAUUAUUAUGCACAAUUAUUAGUAUGUGGGUCAAAUAUGACCCAUGUAAUGUUUAGGGGUCACAAAGACCUGUCCUGUACGAAUGGUCGUAAUUAAAGUAGUCUAGGAGUGAAAUGAUAAUAUUCUUGAAACUAGUCUACAAGUUAUCGUAAGUAACUGUUUCGAAGCAAUAUCUAAACUAACUGUUUGAAGCAUUUAUAUGCUUACUUACACCAGUAUUUUUAAGGGCGGGUCCAAAUUUUCAUAAUUCAUGUCAAUUCAUUAUAUAACUAGUAUCGCCUUUUUCGACGGAUUAUUAUAGAAAAUUAAUUAAUGUUAGAUUCAGAAGUAAUGAAUGUGAGUAAAUAUAAUAAUAGUAUGCAUACCGUUGUAUUAUGUUGUAGUGCCUUUCAAUACUACUAACCACGGCUGAUCUCAACUAACGAUCCUAACUGCUACCUUUGGAUUGCCGGUGAACACAGACCAAUCGGAAUACAGAUUUUUUAUACUUCCAAAUAAUUUAUUUUGAUUGGUUUAUAUUUACCAUUGAUCAGCAGUUGUGAUCGUUUGUGGAAAUCUCCCGUUAGAUUGUUUCUUGUAAACAAUUAUACGAAAGCAAUUCAGUCUUCCACUACACCUAUUUUACAAUUGAAAGUACAAAUUCAAGAUACGAAUAAAGUAACAAAUGGAUCCGCCCAAUUACAGCACAUAACUAUAUAUGAGAUAUGUCUACAAAUUGGCUUUAUAUGCUGGUGCUAACAAAUUCUAUGCUAAUACGAAUAAGGUUUUAUGUAUAAAUUAUGCAGUAAUAGUUUAAACUGAAAGGUGAUACCCGAACUCUGUUCGUUUUGAAUGCUUAAAAGUAACAAUGGCCUACUGCAAUUUUGAAUUAUGGAAUUAUUUUUUUAUCAAACAUAAAAAUUAUAAAAAAAAAUGUGUUGCUAAUGUUAAAAAAGGAUAAAAAUUAAAUAUUGUAACGACUAAACUGUAGCUUAUCAUAAGGAAAUGUGUGCACAGAUCCUUUCAGGUUAUGUUAUUACUAGUUAAGUAUUCACUGGCGUUGCAAUAUGAUUGUGAGCGUGUCGGAUGUACAACGAUGGCGUGGUUUAUUUAGCGUAAGACUUGACUAGCCGUCCAUGUGACGUUCAUUGCUCAGCCCUAUGUAUGUUCACGGAGUGAGAGUGCUUUCAAAUAUAUCUACGUAAUAUAUAAAUAACACUUAUAUCUGGUUUCACAUUGCCAAAUCAGCGACCAAACGGUGGAGCUAUUGAGUUUUAAAAAUAGAACUUUAUAUUAUGUGUACUUACGUCGAUUAACUAAAGCUCGCAUGUAUACGGUUCACACUGAUGCCAUCUUACACAGUAUUUUAAGUGUUUCAUAAUAUUAUAAUUGUAGGGAUAGAUAAAUAUACAAACUGUGAGAGAAAUAUAAAUCAUUUAUUAGUUACAGUCCCAACAUAAACAAAAAUAAUGAACCUAAGUAACAAAUAAUAUUAAAAAAUAAAAAUGGCUUGUCGCGGUUGUGGUGAUCACUCAGCAUAAGGUGAUGUAGUUCAAACCACAACUAAAAUUCAUAGUUUAUUUUAUUCCUGUUGAUGCGUGAGCAUUGCGUUGCCAUGUCAGAAACAACACACGCGCGACAUGUGAAUGCGUUGUACGUGCCAGCUUUAGAUUAUCGACCUAUAUGUCUGUAACGUACUGUGGUGUAUAUUUUUCCACAAACAAGAUGCUAAACGUAGUUAUGUCAAUUAUUUCUAAAGAUUUUGAUAAAAAUAUCUCUAAAUCUGUAAAUAAUCGCUAAGAUGUUCGAAUUUUGAAAAUAUGUAUACGCAAAAGCCAAGCAAUUUUAAGCUGUCGUAUUUGUGGAUCCCUUGAUAUAACUACGUCCAGUUGCAGUUUACAUUCGGGAUAUGAUUACAGGUUCUCAUAAUACAUUUACAUAAUAUAACAAAUUUCAUGGUAAUACACUAGCAGUAGUUUUUGUGGUCACACUAACAUACAGUUGUCUACAAAAGUAUUAUGGCAAGUUUCUGGAACUUUCUGUUGUACAAUCAUAUGCUUUCCACGAUGUGAAAACUAGCCGAUAUAUAAAUGUAAAUAACACGAAGUGUCAAUGUGCAAUAUAUAUUAAUAAAUGGAUUAUUUCCACAGUUACAUUUAUUUAAUGCUUAGAUAUAUUUAUUCACAAAAUUCUGUGCAUAAGCUUGAAUUAUAAAUUAAACGCAUAAGAUGUAUUUUAAAAUUUAAAAUGCACCUGGCAUUUUUGAAACAGACUACGAGUCUUUUGCACCCUAGAAUCUUAGGGCCAUAUUUUAAAUCAAUCUCAUAUUUGACUAACAACUCAAGUUGACAUUUAAUGUUAAACUAUUUAAAAAUAAAAACGAAGCUUAAGAUGUCAUUUACGAGCUUGUUCUCAACUGAGUCAGCGAUAUAUAAUAAAUAAAACUGAGCUGUCAAAAUCUGUCAUAUGCUGUGACUCAAGAUCUCAUUAGAGACGUUGAUAUCUGUUUAUUAAAAAACACGAUCUUGAGAUGCUGAUUUUAACUUGACCGCGUGUCAGCUGAUAUCAGAUCACUUCAGAGCGAAACUUGAGUUGCAUCUUACUAUAUCGCCCUUAGGAGAGUAUUUUUUAUUGAUUUUUACUUGGAGCAAAACUAUGCAAUGAGGGUGAACAAUAAUUUAAAUAAAAAUAAAUAGCCUGUAAGUUAUAUAUUAGAUAAUUCGUGUGUAUUUCUGUGUUUUACAUUGUUUUUUACGAUACUAGAAUGGAGUAAAAAAACAUUUACGUAUAUGUAUAUUACAAUUACAGUUUUCGCAGAAAAUCGACAAUUUUUUUGUAAUCCAUAUGCAUUUUAAUACCAAGUCGUGAAUUGUAUAUUUAUUUUUAAAUAAUGUUUAGAUAAUGCAUAAAAUCAACAGAUCAGUUCAAUAGAUUGACUAGCAAAGUUCUCCAAAUCUGUUUUCUUAUGGAUGUCUUGAUAAAAAACAACAUUAUAUGGUAAUUAUAUUGCCGUGAGAAAGCGCUCUUAGUGUAGGAAAGUAUAAUGUGUUGGUGCGGACUUGAAUGUUGACUUAGCUUACAUACAAUAACACUGGUUGCCAUUUUGUCUUCGUAAUGUAAGCAAGUAAUACCAAUAAGUGAUUUAUUUGGAUGUACAAUAAUGUAUUAUUGUUGAGUUGUAAGAGUUUAGACUUUGAGUAAAGAUAUAGUUUAAA